AUUGAACCACGGGAUGGCAUCAGCCGAGCUCACAAGAAUAUUGGGUUGCAUCCUUCAUCGUCACGCUGCUUCUUCCUGCCAUCUUCUUCACAUCAUCUUCAUCUUUCAACUGCAGUUCCCCUUAUCCCACUCGGCGCCACCGCCGUCUCCACCAUCGGUGCCCCCGUCUCCCUGUCCGUCUUCGUCUCCGCCUCCGCCUCCUCCUUCCCCUCCCCCACAACCUUCCCUGCCUCCGCCUGCGCCUUCCCCAGCAACUUCCCGUCCACCUCCACCUCCGCCUCCGUCUCCGCCUCCGCCCCCGCCACCGCCACCCCCGCGAACCAAUGCAUCCUUUUCCGCGCUCUUUGUUCUUGGGGACUCGACAGUGGAUCCUGGCAACAACAACUACUUGCGUACCCUUGUUAGGAGCAAUUUCCAGCCUUAUGGGAUAGACUUCAUCGACCAGGUCCCCACCGGGAGGUUCUGCAACGGGAAGCUCUUCACUGAUUUUCUUGCUUCACACUGGGGAAUUAAGGAGACGAUUCCUCCCUUCCUGGAUCCCACGCUUACUAUGGAAGAGUUGCUGACUGGUGUGAGCUUCGCCUGUGCUGGCACUGGCUAUGACCCAUUGACUGCUGCCAUUGUUAACGUAAUAUCGGUGCCUCAGCAACUCCAACUCAUGAGGCAAUUAUUUGGCCGAGUAGAAACCACGGUUGGGCCGGCAAUGGCAGCCGACGUGAUGCAGAAUGCAGUCUUCCUCAUAAGUGCAGGGACCAACGAUUUUCUUGUUAACUACUACAACCUUCCUCUCCGGCGAUUUACGUUUACGGUGGAUCAGUAUCAGAACUUCCUAAUUGAUCAACUUCUGGGCAUCCUUGAGGGGCUGUAUAGACUUGGAGCUCGAAGGUUUAUAGUUGCAGGCAUUUCACCUCUGGGUUGCUUGCCAGUGGAGAUGACCAUAGAUCCUGCAGAUGCAUUUGUUAGGAACUGCAUUGAGAGUUUGAAUGCCGUCGCAACAAGCUACAAUCUCAAGCUUGAAAAUGCACUGAGAACGAUCAAACAAAGUGGAUUUAGUGGUGCAAAGCUUGCAUACGCUGACACUUAUUACCCCAUGCUGGACAUGAUGCAGAAUCCUGACAAAUAUGGUUUUGAGGAGGUAAAGAGAGGUUGCUGCGGCACAGGUUUGAUCGAAAUGGGAUAUUCAUGUAAUCCUUAUACUCCUAUUUGCCCUGAUAGAUCAUCAUAUUUAUUUUGGGACGCCAUCCACCCCACACAAAAGACCUACAAUAUUCUUUUUAACACUGUCAUUCCAGACAUUAUGAGUGAAUUAACUUAAUGGUAAAUAUAUCAUUUAUUUUCAUCCAUGAAAA